GAGGUGUGAAUUAUAGCUGACACCUAGAUGAACACUUUACAGUUGGUUAUAUGACUGUACAUCACUCCCUUCAAAUGCUAUUGAAGUUAGAAACGUGUUUAACAAUGUCGUAUGUAACUUUAGAGACGGUCCCUUAAUUUCCGUUUAUCCGCGAAUAUCGAACGUCCAACGUCAGGCCAAAUUUAUUCCAGUCAUGUUGCCUCGCAACCAGCGUCUAGUUACAGCUACUGAGUGUAAAUAUCCCACUUUUGCUUUUCUUUCUUUUUUGUUUUUUUAUUUUUUAAAAAUGUUUUAUAAAAACGGAGACAGGUGUUGUUGUUUUUUUUUCUGGACAUAAAGUGCAAGUAAGAGACUUCUAAAGCGAGUUUAGAAGAAGAAGAAGAAGAAGAAGAAGAGGAGGAAGAAGAAGAAGAAGAGGAAGAAGAGGAAGAAGCGUGUUUAUUUACCCACCCAGGGAACCAUGUCACGGAACACCUCAAAAAAUCAAGCUGAAAAGGUCACAUCAGCCAAGCCUCCACCUCCAACUCAAGCCGAGGACGUGGAGGACAGUGUGGACCUGGGAUGUCUUACCAAGUCUGAGUUUCUGACUAUGAUAGCUCACGAAGAAGGAGAGGAAAUUGUGUCAGAUAUUCUGGAUGAACUCAUGACCCAUGUGAUGGAGAAGUGUUAUGAAGUGUAUCUUAAGAAACAGAUAGUGCCAUUCACUGCUGCCUGGGCAAAGAAUACCAUACUCCAGAUGGUAAAGUGGCAGUACCUUAUGCGUGAUGAAGGCGAUGAUGUAGACACAACCUCUCUCCUGCAGGAAGACACAGCACCUACACCUUCAAUUCCAGAUUCCUGGGCUGAAGGCUGUGUGCCGGUUAUUAAAAUCUCAAAUCAUUUACAGAGGGUUAAGACUGAUGCACAGGAAGCUAACAUUAAAGAUCCACAAAAAAUACAGGAAGCCCAGUCAAUAAACAAAACAGAAUGUCCCACAUGGAAACCGAGACGAAAUGGCAGGACCAUGAAAGUAAUCCCUGCAUCUCAUGCAAAGAUGGAACUGGAAAGAAAACCACAUCCACCUGAGACACGUUCAUCAAACAAACUGAAACCUCCAGAAACACAGAAUAUAUUGCGGUAUUAGGCUGUGAAUCUUCAUCCACAUUUUUUUGGGGGGAAUUGUGAGAACCAGUUUCAGGGCUCUACAGUAACAAUUUCUUUACAAUUACAAAAUUACAAAAUUUUAGGAGCAGAGUCAAAAAUUUUGUAGCACGGUAGAAGUUUAGUUUUAUUAUUAUUAUUAUUAUUAUUA